AUGUCUCUGACUACAAUGACCGAGAAGGGUGUUCCUGCGGCCAGGGCUGAGAGCACAAAUGGACUUGAGGAGGGCACUGCCCACAAUACGAACACCAACCAGUUGAAACAGAGCUAUGGUUUGUGGAGUUUCUGUGGGCAAGCCAUAGUCCUUCCCGGCUCAUGGGCUUUUGCGGCAACUGCUCUGACCAUCGCCAUUUUCGGUGGAGGUUCUUCUGUCGCCAUCUGGGGUACCAUAUUUAUCUCAAUAUGCCUCUGGGUGGUCGUAGCCUGCCUGGCCGAGUUUGGUUCUGCCUAUCCUUCGGCCGCUGGCUGUACCUUCAUUGCCUACAACGUGGCAGGCCCGGAAUGGGGCCCGUUCUCUGCAUACAUGACUGGCGCAUUUCACUGUCUCGGUGGCAUUUUUUCACCGCCGGCAUUUCUGAUCGUUCUCUCUCAGCUGCUUCUGACUUGUGCGGCCAUUUUCCACGAAGACUACCAGCCCACACGGUGGCAGAUCUUCCUUCUGUACGAGUUCUGGAACCUGGUUGCGCUCGUCUUCCUCCUCUAUGGCAGUCGCAUUUUGCCUCUGUUGAGCACCAUCGCAUUUGUCUUCCUCGCGGGGGGGCUAUUCCUCACGCUCGGGCUUCUUCUCGGUUUCACAAAGGAGACAGCUCCCGCUCACCAUGUCUUCUUUGACUUUCACAAUCUGACAGGUUUCGAAUCCCCCGUCAUUUGCGCCAUGCUAGGCUUGCUCGGUCCCAUAUACGGCUUCGGUCCACCGCAUUUCUUGUUGAAUAUGGCCGAAGAUGUUAAGAACCCGUCCAAGAACAUGCCUAUUGGGCUCGCUGCCCAACAAGCAGGCAGUACUGUCUUGCUCCUUGUCUUUUAUAUCGCUGCAUAUUUCACUGUGGUCGAUUAUAAUGCUUUGCUUGAAUCCAGCUUCCCAUCGGUGGUAGGCGCCGUGUAUCUGCAAGCCACUCAAAACAAGGCUGUAACAUUGAUACUUUUGAUCAUUGUCCUAGCCCCUGCGUUCUUUGCCUGUUUCAGUUAUUUCCUGGCCAAUAUUCGACUCCUAUACGGGUUCACUCGAGCUGGUGCACUUCCCUACCGUCAAUGGUUUUCCAAGGUCGAUGUUGAACGAAACAUUCCUGUCAACAUGCUCUAUGCCACGACUUUCAUCAACUUCCUGCUCGGAUUCAUCUACCUUGGUAGCAGGGCCGGCUUCAGCAUCAUUCUGGGUUCAUCAGGAAUCUUCUAUGCGGGCGGAUACCUGUUCUUUUUCAUUCCUGUAAUCCUCAACAAGCGCAAGUACAUGGGCAACGGAUCUUUCAAACUGCCAUCUGCUGUGGGUAUGGCUUUCGCAGUCUUCAGCGUCCUAUAUGAGACAUGGACCAUGAUCGUCUACAGUCUCCCACCCGUCUACCCGGUCACAGCGGAAACUGCCAACUUUACCCCUGUAUUUCUUGGCUUCGGAACCAUCCUGAGUCUUGCGGGCUAUCAUUUUUACGGUAGACAUGGUUUCGAUAUCGAGAAUUCAGGUGUUCCUCCGCAUAAAUAG